CCGGCAAAAGAUUGCCCCGAUUUCUUACCUUGUUUGCUGCUCAAGGAUUUGCAUGAAGUUGCUGAUGCCUAUCUUUGGUAUUUAGGCCCAUGAAACCUGUCAUAUUCUUUACUAUACUUGCUUAGGAAGGAUUCGGCGGUCUUCUCUCUUUCUGAUAUGUUAAACGCCUAUGACAUGAGCGUGGUAUGCCUACAAUAGAGACAUGUUCCAGCUUGCUCGGGUUGUCAAGUCCAAAUAUCUCUCGAAACGUUCUUUGCUCAUUCGCCAAGACGACGACCCGUCGUUGGGGUUGGAGUAACACACAUACACAGCCACACUCACACACACACACACAAAGAAUGAUUAGUGAGAUCAACCCCCGAUCUAGUUAACAUAACUGCUUGGGCUUCCUCGGUAUAUGAAAGACUAUUUUUGUGUCUUUUGUAUAUGCCGAUGUUCCAAUUUUGAUGGCCUCACGGAUCACAAGUGCUGUGAUAAAAACUCAGGUUCAACAUUAGGUUUCGUGCAUGUGGAUACAGAUUUACUAUUGGACACACGUCAAGCGCCAAAUCAUUUGAACGGUGAUGAUGAAGAGGAAAGCACACAGCAAGUCGCGCAACGGUUGUAGGAAUUGCAAAAAGCGACACGUCAAGUGUGACGAACAAGGGCCGCCGUGCCUCAAUUGCGUGGUGCGGGAGACGCAAGGUACUUGCGCAUAUGCCCAGCCACCGUCACAACAACAACAACAACAACAACAAAUAAGGAGCUCGACAUCGACCCUAUCGCCGGGUUUUGUUACACCCAAUGGGUCCCACAGCAGCACCGACGGGGGCAGGCCCCCAAGGAUACCGGUGUCGCCCGCCGGGAGCUUCCUCUGCCCUUCGACUUCCGGAUCGUCGUCGUUGACGUCGUCUGCAUCCGAAGCGGCGGCCGCCGAGGCCCGGCGGCUGAUGGACGUGGAGCUCAUGCACAGGUGGUCGACCAUAACGUACAAGUCGUUCGUCUCCAUCGCCGAAGACCGCUACUAUCUCCAGACCCAGGUGCCGCUGGCGGCGUUCAAGCAUGAGUACCUGCUGAACGGUAUUCUGGCCCUGACGGCUCUGGAAAAGGCCUUGACAGAGGCUACCGACAGCACGCCUCCUGCGGACGACGAGGUUGUGGACGAGGCACACGUGCCGUUGAGCGUUUUAGACUCGGCCGGCUCGCUUGAGAGACCAGGAAACGAGAUCCGGACCUAUGUCCGCGCGGGCUUGGAUUAUUACGGCAGAGCAAUUCGGGCAUUUAGGGAAAAGCUGUGUGGCACACUUGGGCCGGAGGACCAGCACCCUUUGUUCUUCAUGGCGAUGGUGGCACCGCUCGUCAACCUAAUCAUACCGCGAUCCCUCAAGUUGUUAAAUCAAGAAAAAGCCGAAGGGGGCAACGAUUUCUGGGAGGGUGGUGGUGAUGACGGCGGGGACUCGCAAGCGCACAGCACAAUCGCACAGGCGUUGGGGAUAUUCGAGCUGUUCCACGGGUUGAGUUCCAUCAUGAGGAUGGAUUGGGGUGGCAUGCUCAACAGCCCUGCCGGACCAUCAAUAACCGCAGCCCUCAAGCUCGGCCCGCCAGACAUCCACUCGCUCGACCAAGACACGGACGAGGCCCUGAACACGCUCAUGGCCGUAGCGGCCUCGCUCGCACCAUCAACCAACGGCUCGGCAGCCGGCCAGGAUCCCACUGACCAAGAAGAAGCAAAGCAUAGAUACAGGGCCAUCACGGCCCCGGCGGAAGAGCUCAUGGCGGCCACCGACUUCGACCGCCUCCACGACGGGCGGCUCUCGGGCUCGAUCCCCGAACCGCAGCCGAGCCUGGCGACCAUGACCAUCGCGCUGGAGCUAAGGGGCGAGAUCCCGCAGCGCACCAAGGCCGAGCAGCGGCGCGACAUGUACAUGAACGAGGUGUUUUACCUGCGGUACUGUUUCGCCGAGAUACCUGCGCGGGCGGCGUACAAGUUCUCGGGCUUGGGGUGGCCGUGCAUGGGCGGGCACGAGUUCACGCGCGCCCUGGCGCACAGGGAGCCGUUUGCGCUCCUGCUCCUGGCCUUUUGGGGUGUCCUCAUAGGCCGCGAGAGCAACUCGACCUGGUGGACUGGCUCCAUCGGGGCGGACUUGGUCGCGGAGAUCUCGGAGGCACUUGUCCUGCUCGAGAUGAGGGGCCAGCUUGGGGAUGGCUUUGCGAGCAUGCCCGAGUGGAGGACCAGCGUGUCGUGGACGAGGACGCAGAUCGGGCUGACAGCGAUCUCGUGA